AGAUAACGCUGGGAACAGAAUGCCAAAAAUUUGGAGUCUGUCAGAUGCUCCACUUUUGGUGUGGGGCGGGAAGUUGAAAAUAUCAUUCUCUUCUUCUCUGUUGGUAUAUCGUCCUUCUCUCUCUCUCUAGGGUUUUACUAAUUGCUGAUGCUACUUCGAUUUUCAAAUCCAAAAAAUCCCCAAUUUCCACAGAAAAGCAGUUCAUAUUCACGCCACUCUAGCUAUCCACCCCCCCCCCCUCUCCCCAACCAAAAAAAAAAAAAUGUCACUGCGAAAGGGCUCUAACGUAUGGGUGGAAGACAAAUGUUCUGCUUGGGUUGCAGCUCAAGUGACUGAUUUUAUCGGUAAACAAGUCCAAGUUGUUACUGAAUAUGGCAAGAAAGUAUUGGCAUCACCGGAGAAGCUGUACCCAAGGGAUGAAGAGGCAGACCAUGGAGGAGUUGAUGACAUGACCAAAUUGACUUAUUUGAAUGAGCCUGGUGUUUUAGACAAUCUUCAGAGAAGAUAUGCUCUUAAUGAAAUUUAUACAUACACAGGAAGCAUCUUAAUAGCUGUCAAUCCAUUCACUAAACUUCCGCAUCUGUACAAUGUACACAUGAUGGAGCAAUAUAAAGGAGCUCCAUUCGGGGAGCUUAGCCCUCAUGUGUUUGCUGUGGCUGAUGCAUCAUACAGGGCUAUGAUGUCUGAGAACCAAAGCCAAUCUAUAUUGGUUAGUGGCGAAAGUGGAGCAGGUAAAACAGAGACCACAAAGUUGAUAAUGCAGUACCUUACCUAUGUUGGUGGUCGUGCUGCUGCUGAUGACCGAACAGUUGAACAACAAGUUCUAGAGUCUAACCCGUUGCUGGAGGCCUUUGGCAAUGCACGUACUAUUAGGAAUGACAAUUCAAGUCGUUUUGGCAAGUUUGUUGAGAUCCAAUUUGAUGCAAGUGGUAGAAUAUCUGGAGCUGCAGUCAGGACUUAUCUUCUGGAGAGAUCUCGUGUUGUUCAGCUAACAGAUCCAGAAAGGAAUUAUCACUGCUUUUAUCAAUUAUGUGCAUCUGGAAUGGAUGCUGAGAAAUACAAGCUGGGUCAUCCUAGUGACUUUCACUACUUGAACCAGAGUAAAACCUAUGAGCUAGAAGGAGUUAGCAACGCUGGGGAGUAUACCAAGACGAGGAGAGCUAUGGAAAUUGUUGGAAUCAGUCAGGAGGAACAGGAAGCAAUAUUUCGUACCUUGGCAGCCAUUCUACAUCUAGGAAACAUAGAAUUCUCGCCAGGCAAAGAACAUGACUCAUCAGUUAUAAAAGAUGAAAAGUCUAGGUCUCAUUUACAGAUGGCUGCUAAGCUUUUUAAGUGUGACGUACAGCUGUUAGUGGCCACACUUUGUACAAGAUUAAUUCAAACCCACGAAGGAAUCAUCAUUAAGGCUCUUGAUUGUGGUGCUGCUGUUGCAGGACGUGAUACUUUAGCGAAGACAGUUUAUGCCCAAUUAUUUGAUUGGUUAGUUGAAAAGAUCAACAGAUCUGUUGGGCAAGAUCCUGAUUCCCUGAUACAAAUUGGAGUUUUGGAUAUAUAUGGGUUUGAAUGCUUUAAACAGAACAGCUUUGAGCAAUUCUGCAUCAAUUUUGCAAAUGAAAAGCUUCAGCAACAUUUUAAUGAGCAUGUAUUCAAGAUGGAGCAAGAAGAAUAUCAGAAAGAGGAAAUCAAUUGGAGUUACAUUGAAUUUAUAGACAACCAAGAUGUUUUGGAUCUAAUAGAAAAGAAGCCUAUUGGAAUAAUUGCUCUUCUGGAUGAAGCUUGCAUGUUUCCAAAGUCUACACAUCAAACUUUCACAAAUAAGUUGUUCCAGAACUUUCGGGGGCAUCCACGAUUAGAGAAGGCAAAAUUUUAUGAAACAGAUUUUACCAUCUCCCAUUAUGCUGGCAAGGUCACAUACAAGACGGAAACAUUUUUAGAUAAAAAUCGUGAUUAUGUUGUGGUAGAACACCGUAAUCUGUUAUCUUCUUCGGAUUGUCCUUUUAUUGCUGAUCUUUUUCCUUCCCUUGGAGAAGAAUCUUCUAGGUCAUCUUACAAGUUCUCUUCAGUAGCCUCUCGGUUUAAGCAACAACUUCAAGCUCUGAUGGAGACACUCAGCUCAACAGAGCCACACUAUAUUCGUUGUGUGAAGCCAAAUUCUCUGAAUCAACCUCAAAAAUUUGAGAAUCUCAGCAUCCUCCACCAACUGCGUUGUGGGGGUGUUCUUGAGGCUGUGCGCAUAAGUUUGGCAGGUUACCCCACGCGCAGAACUUACCAUGAAUUUAUUGAUCGAUUUGGUUUAAUUGUUUUAGACAUGUUGGAUGGAAGUAAUGAUGAGAAAACCAUCACAGAGAAAAUACUGCAGAAACUCAAGCUUGGGAAUUAUCAGGUUGCUUUGGGGAAAACAAAAAUAUUCCUUAGGGCUGGCCAAAUUGGUAUUUUAGACUCACGACGUGCUGAGAUUUUGGACUCUUCUGUAAAGCAAAUACAAAGUCGGCUACGGACAUUUCUUGCGCGCAGGGAUUUCAUCUCAAAUCGAAUGGCUGCAAUUCAUCUACAGACUUUCUGCAGAGGUUAUCUUGCUCGUAAUAUAUAUGCUGUACUGCAGGAAGAAUCGGCUGCCAUCAUAAUCCAAAAAUAUGUGCGACAGUGGGUCCUGAGGAAUGCUUAUUUGCAACUUCAUGCUUCUUCACUGCUGAUACAGUCCUACAGUCGUGGUUUUGCUGCUCGACGGAAGUUCUUACUUAGGAAGGAGAAUAAGGCUGCUACUAUCAUUCAGGCACAUUGGAGAAUGUGCAAGUUCCGCUCUGCUUUUCGUCAUCGUCAAUACAAUAUUAUUGCAAUUCAAUGUCUUUGGAGGCGAAAAUUGGCAAGAAGGGAGUUCAGAAGGCUCAAACAGGAAGCUAAUGAAGCUGGUGCCCUCCGUUUAGCAAAAACCAAACUUGAAAGGCAAUUGGAGGAUCUUACUUGGAGGUUGCAAUUAGAAAAAAAAUUACGGUUAUCAAAUGAGGAGGCUAAAUUAGUGGAAAUUUCGAAACUUCACAAGACUCUAGAAUCUUUAGUCCUCGAGUUAGAUGCUGCGAAGCUGGCUGCAGUCAAUGAGGUCAAUAAGAAUGCCGUGCUCCAGAGACAGCUGGAAUUACACAUGAAGGAGAAUGCUGCUUUGGAAAGAGAAAUUUUUUCAGUGACUGAGUUAAGAAAUGAAAAUACAUUUCUGAAGAGUUCUUUGAGCAUCUUGGAAGAGAAGAACUCCGCAUUGGAGCAUGAGCUACUAAAGAGUAUAGAAGAGUCUACCGACACAAUUGCCAAGUUGAGAGCAGUUGAACAAACAUGUUCACAGCUCCAACAGAACUUAAAAAGUAUGGAGGAGAAGCUCUCAAAUUCAGAGGAUGAAAUUCAUAUCCUCCGACAGAAAGCAUUGAGUGCAACUCCGAGAAGUAACCGUGCAGGUUUUACCAAGCCUUUUAUCGAUAAAUUCUCUGGUGCACUUGCUCUACCCUCUGCUGAUCGUAGUAGACCUUCAUUUGAAUCUCCCACCCCAACAAAAAUGAUGCUGCCUCUUGCUCAAGGAUUUUCUGAUUCACGUAGAGCUAAGUUGACCAGUGAAAGGCAGCAGGAGAACUGUGAAAUUCUUUCAAGGUGUAUCAAAGAGAAUUUGGGGUUUAAAGAUGGAAAGCCAUUUGCUGCUUGUGUCAUCUACAGGUGCCUUAUUCAUUGGCAUGCUUUUGAGUCAGAGAGGACUGCUAUUUUUGACUUUAUCAUUGCCGAAAUAAAUGAAGUUUUGAAGGUUGGAGAUGAGGAUGUCACGUUGCCAUAUUGGUUAUCUAAUGCAUCUGCACUUCUCUGUCUUCUGCAAAGAAAUUUGAGGGCGAAUGGCUUCUUUAGUACGUCCUCUCAGCGUUCUGGAGGUGGUUCUGCACUAAAUGGGAGGGUUGCACAAAGUUUAACGUCGCCCUUGAAAUUUAUUGGAUUGGAGGAUGGAAUGUCGCAUAUGGAAGCAAGAUAUCCAGCUUUACUGUUUAAACAACAAUUAACUGCAUGUGUAGAGAAGAUAUUUGGUCUGAUUCGUGAUAAUUUGAAGAAGGAAAUAUCCCCAUUACUGGGUCUGUGCAUUCAGGCACCAAAAAUCCAGCGGGUGCAUGGAGGCAAAUCAACUAGAUCACCUGGUGGUAUUCCUCAACAGGCACCAAGCAGUCAGUGGGAUAGCAUCAUCAAAUUCUUGGAUUCUUUCUUGAGUCGCUUACGUGGAAAUCAUGUGCCUUCGUUUUUCAUCCGCAAGCUGACUACCCAGGUUUUCUCCUUCAUCAAUAUAUCGCUUUUUAACAGUCUUUUACUCCGACGAGAGUGUUGCACAUUUUCAAAUGGAGAAUAUGUGAAGUCCGGUUUGGCAGAACUAGAAAAAUGGAUAGUCAAUUCAAAAGAAGAGUUUGCAGGUACAUCGUGGCAUGAGCUAAAUUAUAUCAGACAAGCUGUUGGAUUUCUGGUAAUACAUCAAAAGAGGAAGAAAUCAUUGGAGGAGAUACGACAGGACCUUUGCCCGGCAUUGACUACCAGACAAAUUUAUCGAAUUAGUACCAUGUACUGGGAUGACAAGUAUGGUACUCAAAGUGUGUCGAAUGAGGUUGUCGCACAGAUGAGGGAGAUUUUAAACAAGGAUUCUCAGAAUCUAACAUCUAACUCAUUUUUGUUGGAUGAUGAUCUGAGUAUUCCGUUCUUAACAGAGGACAUAUAUAUGGCACUUCCGGAGUUGGAUCCUUCACUUAUGGAGCUGCCAAAGUUCCUAUCUGAAUAUCCAUCAGUAUUGCUUAUGAUACAGCACAGGAAGUAAUUUUUUUAUGUGCAUGAUUGGAAUAUGCUUUUCUUGUACAACUCCAGCAUUGUCCACCCACGAUGUGCAACAUCUACCAUUUCUUGCCUGGGGAAAACUGCACCUCAAGUUGGGAACUGAUUCCUGGAGAUGCUGGACAAGUUGUCUGCCAAAAAAAGAAAAUCCCGUCUGUUUGUUUACACGGCAGUCUAGAUCUAGACUAGAAUCCGUACAGCACUAGGCGUAGUUUACUCAAAAGGCUUCCUUAUUUUUUUCGGAAUGCCGCCUCUAUUGAGCUCUGUAUGUUUGUCAUGUUGGUUACUUCAGUGUUGUAUGCUUCCUGUCUAAGUCACUGCCCUGCUAGAAUAUAGCCCGAUUUCCUUUACCUCACUUUAACCAUCUUUGUUCCAUGUGCUAAUUAUAGGUUUGUAUUUGUAGAUGUACAUCUAGUGUGAAUAUCAUACACCCCACCCCCACUCCUUUUUUUUUCCCCCCUGAAACCAGUUGUAACUAAUGCUACCAUUCAAUUCUUGAGUACUUCUGUUCCA